UCUGCUGACGUCAGCUUUUGUCUCCAGUAUUUUCGGGGGCUGGUGGACGCGUGGGCUAUAGGGUGCUGUCUUUUGGGUGCUGUGUAUAUGGGAUGAUGACGCUUAUCAGUAUUAUCUAGUCCUUUCCACCCCGAAAUUCGCCCCGAUUAAAGACUGUGUUGCAUUAUCAGCCUGCUGACCAUGCCCGCGGGCGUGCCCAUGUCCACCUACCUGAAAAUGCUCGCAGCCAGUCUCCUGGCCAUGUGCGCAGGGGCAGAAGUGGUGCACAGGUACUACCGACCGGACCUGACAAUACCUGAAAUUCCACCAAAGCGUGGAGAACUCAAAACGGAGCUUUUGGGACUGAAAGAAAGAAAACACAAACCUCAAAUUUCUCAACAGGAGGAACUUAAAUAACUAUGCCAAGAAUUCUGUGAAUAAUAUAAGUCUUAAAUAUGUAUUUCUUAAUUUAUUGCAUCAGAGUACUUGUCUUUAAGCACUUAGUCCAGUGCUGACUACAAGAGUAGGUGCUCAGUGGACGUUUAGCCGAUACGUUGAAAUUUAAUUACGGUUUGAUUGAUAUUUCUUGAAAACUGCCAAAGCGCAUAUCAAACCAUUUCAUGAAUAUGGUUUGGAAGAUGAUUAGUCUUGAAUAUAAUGCAAAAUAGAAUAUUUGUAAGUCUACUAUAUGGGUUGUCUUUAUUUCAUAUAAAUUAAGAAAUUAUUUAAAACUAUGAACUAGUUUCAUUAAUUGAAUUUGCUAAGUGGAGUUAUUUCUCAUUGCUAAACUGGUAUUUUCAAAUUCUAGAUCUCUGCUAACUUUAGUAAAUGAACACCAAAGUGGUGAGCUUUGAUAAUGCAUUUUGUGGAUACAAAAUCAUCACCUCAUCACUUUCUAGAAUGAAAGGCUGGGGGCAUUGCUCACCUUUUGCAUGAAGAAAAGACCUGUCCCUUAGAGCCAGUUUUUGCUUAAGGGGAGGACAGACCGUCGUCACUCCGUGGACCACGUGAAUGAAUGGAUGCAGUGCACGCUUUAGAAGCACCGCAUACCUUUCCUUUUACAGGUACAGAGUAAGUGGUCUGGCUACUGAGGGAAAGAGUCAUGAUUUGAAUCUGAGUCUCCUGUAAGACAAUGACUUCAUGAAGGUGAAAAAUCAGUUUUAUGGUUAUUAAAGUAAAAAUUUACCUUGGGUAAAAAUGCCAUCUUUAUUUCAUUAAGUGCUGGUUCCAAGUGACUUCCAAUAAGGUACAUUUUCUUCCUGUUUUGAAGUUGAUCCCCAUUGUGAAAAAUAUGCAUUGUAGUGGUCAUGGAAAUGCACCAUCCAGACUCCCUAAGGAAGGCUUGUUGACCUAGCAUCAAGCAUGCCAGCAGCUUUCAAUGGUCAGCUUCUAGAAGGAUUGCCUCGGCUACGGUGGCCUUGCUCAAAGCCAUGCCUCCUGAAGGGGCCCAAAUCCAAUGACUGUUGGAGGUGAGAAUAGAAAGGCCUGGCCACUUCAGCACAUGAGUGGUGGGCAACUCUGAUGGGCCCACCACAACUCCCUAUGGGGUUUAUGGACACUGUCUUUGGAUCUGCGUUGCAACUCAACUUAUCCCUCUGCUCAGUCCUGUUUCCUUUCUCAGGUGUUGAUCGAAGGGUGCGCCUUCAUAGACUCCCUGCUAAACUGCACCUCAGUGUUUCUUGGAGAACCAAAUCUGUAACAUAUAUGCAUUAAAAAUUAAAAGCAGUACUAUAUUAUCCCCAA